UUCAGUCUUCACUCGGGAAGAGGCGAGGGAGUGGGGUGCGGGGAGGGAAGACCAAUCGGCGCUGAUGGAGGCGGCGGCGGCUGCGGCGGCGACGCCGGAGAGGGAGACGUCGGCGGAGUGGGGCGAUGGCGUGGUGGCGCUGGGUUUCCGGGUGAAGGCAUCCUCUCGCGAGUCGCCGUCGCAGAAGGCGGGGAACGUGCUGGAGGCCGACCUGCGCUCCCACUGGUCCACCGCCACCAACACCAAGGAAUGGAUCCUCCUUGAGCUCCAGGAGCCGUGCCUCCUCUCCCACGUCCGCAUCUACAACAAGUCCGUCCUCGAAUGGGAGCUCACCGCCGGUCUGCGCUACAAGCCCGAUGCCUUCGUCAAGGUGCGCCCGCGCUGCGAGUCCCCCAAGCGCGACGUGGUCUACGCCGCCAACCACACCCCUUGCCGCUACCUCCGCAUCUCCUGCCUUCGCGGCAACCCCAUCGCCAUCUUCUUCAUCCAGCUCUAUGGCAUCCCCGUGCCUGGCCUUGAACCUGAGCUCCAGCCUCUGCUCAGCUACUUGCUCCCGCAAAUCACAUCGGCCAAACAACCCCCGUCUCAGAACAUGCACCUCCAGUUGCUUAAAGACAUCGCGAGCAGGCUACCUCCAUUUCUGCCCCAGAUUGAGGCUGACCUUAAUAGCAUCGCAGACACCCCAGAGAGCAGUGUGCGUUUCUUGGCUCUGCUUGCUGGUCCAUUUUAUCCGAUCCUUCACCUUGUAAAUGAAAGGGAUCCUACCAGAUCAUUGUUCCCUUCUGCUGAUUCAGAUGCCUUGAGAACUAGUCCGGCUGCUACACCAACCAUUUCUUCAAACUUUGAGGCACAACCUAGGAGAUCACGGAGUCCAUCAUCUGUUCAGCCUGCUUCAUAUUUACUGGCUUUUCGAUCUGAAACGGCUGUGCUCCUCUUAAGGAAAGCACAUAAAGACAAAACUCUUGGAGUUGUUUGCCUCCGAGCAUCAAAAGUAUUGCAAAAACUCUUGGAGCCUGAGCCAUUUCUAGACAAAUCAAUGUCUAAUGGUGUCAUGCUAUCGAGCCAUGCCUGUGAUGAAAUUCCUAAAAGUGAUGCUUCCAGUCUAGUACUUUCUACAGACUACUCUUGUAUGUUUGGAGAGGAAUUUAGCCUAUUAGAAAAUCAUUUUGAUGGUUCAUUCCUGAGUAUUUUGGAUAUCGCUGCUGUGGAAGAAGGCAUUCUUCAUGUACUGUAUGCGGCUGCUUCACAGCCUCUGUUAUGUCGCAAGCUUGCUGAAGUUACUUCAGACAUUUGGUCUGUCUUACCACUUGUCCAAGCUCUACUUCCAGCACUUCGCCCUUCACUCAGUCCUGGUCCUACUGAGCAGAUUGAUGAUUCUUUUAGCCAAUGGAAUCAUCCAAACGUUCAGCAUGCUCUGUCCCAGAUAACUGUGGUUGCAGAUUGUUACAAUGUCAGUAUCGUCAUCAGUUUUACAUCCUCUUCUCAGAGCUUGUGCUGGUUAUCUUUCAUCCUACCUUUCAUCACAUGUGAAAACAGCCUGUGUUUUGCUCGACUUGUGUCGGGGGCCAUUGGCACCAUGGAUUCCCAUGAUAACAGCAAAGAACAGGUAGAUCUUGCAGUUGAACUUCUGGAGGGCCUCCUGGGUAUCAUCCAGGAAGCUGGCCAAUAUCUUGCUCGUUCUCGAGCAGCGCUGAAGUAUGUUCUCUUGGCAAUUUCUGGGCAUAUGGAUGAUGUGCUCACAGAAUAUAAAGAAGUCAUGCAUAAGUUACUUUUCAUUCUGGAGAUGCUAGAUCCUUUUAUCGAUCCUCCUACAAGUGUGUUGAAAGACACAGUAAUAUUUGGUGGUAUCACUGCUAUAUAUUUGGAGAAGCAGUCAAGUGCAUCCGAUAUUGCCUUAAAUAUUAUCCGUACAGCAGUAAAGAGGGCUGAUGUUCUCCCUUCUUUGGAACUUGAAUGGCGACGAGGAGCAGUCGCCCCAAGUGUAAUUCUCUCUAUCUUGGAUCCGCAUAUGCCACUUCCUCCAGACAUAGACCUCUGCAGAAGUUCAGUGCAUGAGAUUAAUAAUGCAUCUUUGGCUGUUUUGGAUAAUCCUGCACCACAGACGUGCAACCCUGAAAAUAUUGAUGGUCGCGAUGCCUCUGAAACAACUAUUCGGGCUGAAAGUUUUGAACAGUACAAUUUUUUGUUUGCUCCUGAAGAAUUAAAUCAAUCUGAGUUGACAGGUCUUUGUACCUUGAAAGAAAAAGGCUGUGAUGUAAUAACUCAAACAAGUUUGGACCAGGACAACCCUGAAGGCAGAAGAACUAAUGAGAAACUAUCAUCUGAACCUUUCCUGCUAGAUAACAUCGCUGCAGCUGAUUAUUUUGAUGCACAGGCUGAUUAUCAACAGCUGGAGAACUACCAGGACUGUGAGUUACGAGCUCUAGAAUUUCAUCGCUUAGCGCUGAACCUAUGCAUGCAACAAGAGCCAACAUUUGAAGGGCAUAAUGCUGGAAUUGAUGCUUUGCUGCUAGCUGCAGAAUGUUACGUUAAUCCAUUUUUUCUCCUGGAUUUCCAGCCUAAUUUAGAGCGACUGGAGAAGAUUGAACGUAUCCAUUCAGAGUUGAUGCAAGGGAAUGCCUCCAUUGUGUCGAAAAAUUUGCACUUGAAAGAUUUAGAUCGAAAAGCAAUGUCUAAUUUGGAGAAGAAGCGGGAUAGAUCUGUCAUAGAUUUACUCCUGCAAGCUGCAAGAUUUGAUUGUGAAUACCAGGAAAAGAUACCUGAGGGGGAACCUUAUCCAAAUAAUGCUGAAGAUGGCGAGCGAUCUGUAGAAAUCUCACAAGAAGCUCUUCAGUUUGCUGAUGCGGUAACUUUGGUCAGAAAGAACCAGGCUAUGCUCUGCCACUUUAUUAUGAAGCAAUUCCAAAGGAAAGGACACUUGUGUAGUGAAAUUCUUCUCCAGAGCUUGUUGUUCUUGUUGCACUCAGCAACCGAAUUAUUUUGUCCACCAGAGAAUGUAAUUGAUAUAAUUUUGAAAUCUGCUGAAAAUCUCAACGAACAGCUUGCAUGUCUUUACAGUUGUGUUAAUGCAGGGAAAAAGAAUCUGGAUAGGGUAAAAGUACAUGGUCUAAGAAGACGUUGGACCCUUCUCCAGAAGCUGGUUCUGGCUUCAUCUGGCAGUGAUAAUACGAGAGAAAUUGCCAGAACUAAAAGAGAUGGUUUCCGUUUUAGAAGCUUAGUCCCUCCAUCAACAUGGAUACAGAAGAUAUCCGAUUUCUCCAGGUUUUCUAGCCCACUCCCUCGCUUUCUUGGAUGGAUGGCAGUGUCUCGUUAUGCCAAGGAAUAUCUAAAUGAGAGGCUGUUUCUUGCUUCUGAUUUCUCACAGCUUACAUCUUUGCUGUCAAUUUACAUGGAUGAACUUUGUUUGAUGGAUGGAGUUUCAACUCAGAAGGUCAGGCCUGCAAAAGGUGAACAAUCUAAUUGUAAGCAUUUGCUCCUUAAGAAGGAAACUACUCUGUCAGAUCAACGAAGCAUGGCCAAACAGUUUAAAAUUUUACUGCCAGAACUACAUUUCUUCUUUCCAAGCAUGAGUAGACUGUUUAAUGCAUUUGGAGAGAGCAUCUUGGAAGCUGUUGGGCUACAGUUAAAAUGUCUUCCCAACAAUGCAGUACCAGAUGUUCUUUGUUGGUUUUCUGAGUUGUGCUUGUGGCCUUAUCUCGAACGCAUUAAGGAGCAUCUUGUAGCUGCAAACCGAAUUAGUUACUUGAGAGGAAAUAUUGCUGCUAAUGUGAAGGCAGUUGUUUUCUAUCUACUUGAGAGUAUUAUUACUGAGCACAUGGAGGCUAUUAUUCCUGAAAUGCCCAGGAUAGUGCACAUUCUCGUGUCACUCUGUAGAGCUUCUUAUACUGAUGUGGCCUUCCUUAAGUCCGUGCUAUGUCUAAUGAAGCCACUCAUCUCCUACUUCUUAAGGAAGGGAACUGAUAAUACAAAAGUAUUGGGUCAUGUAAUGGAGGGCAGUAAUUUUGAGCUGCUUUGUUUUGAAGAAUUGUUUGAAAUUGUUCGCUGUGGUAAAGAUUUAGAGGAUACAUCUGUAGAUAAGAUUCAGGUACCCUUGCUUAUCUUCAUUCUGGGAUCAAUGUUUCCUGAUUUCUCAUUUGAGAGGAGGAUUGAAAUGUUAAGCUCCUUGUUAGUAUGGGUGGAUUGUAUCAGUUCCGAUCCACCAUCAUUGUUAUGCAGUUAUCUUCAAGGCUUCCAGACACUUCUUGAUGGUUGUGAAACUGUGCUAGUUCAAAAUAUCGAACUACUUGGUGUCAGCAUCCUUUCUGCGACAAGCCAAUCUGUAGAAUCUACUGAUUCCUUGGGUGUUGACGGCAUCAUGCAACUAGAGAAGAACACACAAGAUAGUGAAGAGCAAAUACUAGUGAAAUCCACAGCAUAUUAUGAGAAUGAUGGAAGUCGUAAGGGUGUUUAUUCUCUACAUCCAAGUAGUAUCAUAGAAUUUUGUGGUGCGAUGGAGAAGUUUAUUUCACACCUUACUCCAUCUAUUGAGGGUAGUUGGAAAUGGCACCAUCAGUUGGCCUCUGGGCUCUCUUUGUCGAUUGCAAAGUGUUUAUUGUUUGCAAAUUUUUUGAAGUCCAUUGCACAGGAAGAGACAGUGUCUAGUAGCAGUGAGCAAGAUGUUGCUGUGAAAAUUUCCAGUGAGCUUGCACAAAAGCAUUGGCAAAGUGCUCUUGAAGGUCUUGGAAAAAUUAUUUUAGCAAAUCAGGAAACACAGUGCUGGCAGGUGGCAUCAGCUAUGCUUGAUUAUAUAAUGAGCAUGCCAAACGUCCUUGCUUGGGGUAAUGUUCUUAGUGCUACAUGCUCUGCAGUCAAGGGCUUCUGCUCUCAUGCACCUAGGAUAUCUUGGAGGCUGCAGACAGAUAAGUGGUUAUCAUUAUUGGUUUCUGGUGGAAUUGAGAGCUUCAAUAACAGCGAGACAUGUUUGAUUGAUCUUUUCUGUACAAUGUUGAGUCAUUCUGAACCAGAGCAGCGCUCUAUUGCAUUACAGCAGCUUGGGAGGAUUAUUAACUCAACAAGUUCCACUGAAGCUGAUUUGAAAUCUCCUACUUAUGACCCAAAUUUCCUCACAUCUGUCUCAACAGUUACGUCCCUUCUGGUUACUCAUACAUGGGACAGAGUAGCAGCAUUGGCUCUCCAUGACUCUUCUAUGCUAUUAAGGAAUCAUGCAAUGGCAUUGCUUACUGAAUAUGUGCCUUAUGUUGAUAGGAAGCAUCUGCAGUCCUUUCUCGCAUCCAGUAACAGUAUCCUGAAUGGUUUGGGACAACUUUCUGGUGUAGUUGAAGAGGGCUAUUUUACACGAAUGUCUUUGCUGUUGCUUUCUAGGGCAUGUCUUUAUUCCACUCCUGGAGAUAUCGCUCUGCUACCUGAAUGUGUUUGGCAGAAGUUGGAAAACAUGCAAACAUCAUCUGGAGGUUUUGGUUAUAUGGAGAAAGAUCUCUGCCGAGCUCUGUGCCAACUAAGAAGUGAAUCAGAUGCUAAAACCGUUGUGAAAGAAGUUCUCUCCGGAUCUACCUGUCAGGCAGUCAGCCCUGAUUUUAAGAGCAUCCGUGAUUCGAUUCUUCAGGUGAUGUCCUCUUUGAGUUCUAUUGAGGCAUACUUUGAGUUCUUCUCAGCCAAAUCUGCUCAAGAAAAUGAGGAACUUGAAGAAGCUGAGAUUGAAUUGGAGCUUAUUGAAAAAGAGAAAUCAGUUCAUAACUUUGUUGUGCAUCGCGGUGAUACUGUGGUUCCUGAUAUGCCAUCAUACCACAAGGGUGGUAAUGAUGUUAAUAAACGGCUCCAGCAAGUACGGGAAAAUAUACGAUCCCUGGAAAAGUCCAGGCUUAAAGAGGAAAUUACAGUACGCAGGCAAAAGAAGCUGCUUAUAAGACAUGCUCGUGAAAAGUACUUAGAAGAGACAAGCUCUAGGGAAAUGGAGCUUAUGCAAGAGCUCGAUAGGUUUGGACCUGUUUUUCUUUUUCUUUGGCAUGUUGAUACUAUAGAGAUGUUUGUCCCUAUUUCUUUGUUGUAUCUUUGUAGGGAGAGAGGCCUCGAGAUGGAACGUGAAGUAGAAAGACAGCGACAAUUGGAUAUUGAGCGUGCGAAGUCUAGGGAACUGCAGUUCAACCUUGACUUGGAAAAAGAAAAACAAACUCAGAGAGAGCUUCAACGUGAACUGGAGCAAGUCGAGUUGGGGCGUUCAUCAUCAAGGCGGGAGUUUUCAGCCAAUCCAAACAGCCGGUCCAGGGAGCGGUACCGCGAAAGGGAUGGCGGCAGAGCACAGCAGGAGGCAGGGAGCCUGAGGUCAAGCAGCCGAGGCCACGAGGGAGGCUCCGCUCAGGCGACUGCGCCGGCCGGAGGCCCCCCUGUCGUGCUCGCCGGAACGAGAUCCUUCUCCGGAGGCAACCUUCCGACGAUACUGCAGCCUCGCGACCGUGCUGCUGCCGCCGCUGAUGAUGACAACGCUUGGACCGAGGGAAGCAGGGACUUCGGUGACGCCAGCAGCAUCGGUGACCCCGAGUUCGAUGGGCCGAGGCCGCAAGGGCCACGAGGCGGCAGUGGCGGCGGCAAGUCGUCGUCGUCCAGGCAAGUUGUGGAGCGGAGGGAGCGUGAUGGCACCAGUGCCGGCACAGGCAGAAGGGAAGGGAAAUGGGAGAGGAAGCAACAUUCCUGACUUGUAAAACUUUGUCCAACAGACUAGGCACACUACUCCCAUUAUGUUUUGUUGCCAAUAUCAACAUAUAGCAAUCAUAGGCUAUUCUUUUUGUGAUCGAGGCACCCUCAUUGCAUCGAAUGGUACUAGAUCAAAUGCUCGUCCAACUCGUUGGUGAAUGGUGUUGGCUAUCGCAUCAAUCAAGGCAAGUGAAUACUGGAGUAUUCAAACGGUUCAA